ACCAAAGUUGAGGGAAAAGCACUAAUAAAUUCACAUGCUCUGCACUUCAUCAAUGGCCAUUUAUAUGCCCUCCAAAUCAUCCUGCACCUCACACAGAUUUUCUUCCCUGGUCUUUUCAUUUUCGUUCUCUCGUCUUUUCAUUUCCAUUCUCUCUCCAUUCCUCAGCUCAGCAGAGCUCCUCCAAAACUUGUAAAACGCAAGAAUGGGAAGGAGAUUUGGAGUUCUGCUGUGUGCGCCUGAUCAGGAAUAUGUAAAUAAGAUUCAUGGAGGCUACUUUACUCUGUUUAAAGGGAUGCUGAGCGAGGCUGAAGAAAAAUGGGACCUGUUUAAAGUUUUAGAAGGAGAAUUUCCGGCCAUGGAAGACGUUUAUAAAUACGACGGAUUUGUGGUUUCCGGCAGCCGUUUCGACGCGCAUGGAAACGAUGAGUGGAUUUUGGAGCUCUGCCGUUUUCUUCAGACUUUGAACACAAUGCGGAUCAAAGUUCUCGGAAUCUGCUUUGGUCACCAGGUCUUAUGUCGAGCAUUGGGAGGAAAAAUUGGAAGAGCAUUGACUGGAUGGGACAUUGGCUUGCAAAAAAUAAUAGUGUCUAAAAGGUUGUCCACCAAGCAUUUUGGUUUGGAGAUCCCUUCUAUAAUUAGUGUCCUUGAAUGUCAUCAAGAUCAGGUGUAUAAAGUUCCUUUGGGUGCAGAAAUUCUUGCUUCAUCGGAUAAAACAAGCAUUGAAAUGUUUUCCCUUGGUGAUCACGUACUCGGUGUUCAAGGCCAUCCAGAGUAUACCAGUGACAUUUUGUUGAAUUUCAUUGACAAUCUCUUAGACAAAAGUUGUAUACAAGCUAAAUUGGGUGAAGAGGCCAAGGUAUCUCUAGCAAAUAGCCAGCCUGAUAGAGAAAUUUGGGAGAAGAUAUGCAAGUCGUUUCUUAAGAAAUGAUAUUUGCAUCAAUUUAGCUAAACACUUAAAGUGCUUUAAUUAAAAUGGUCUUAAAAAAUAAAUAAGAAACGUUCUCUUAUUUAUUUGAUUAAUGAAAUUGUCCUUGUUCAACACAUAUUUAGUAAAAAACAUUUGGGCUUUAUCCCUUCAAAAAAUGGAUUCUUGUGUAUGUUAAAUGCAUCAAUAACUUGUACAAGAGCACUGACUUA